CAGGCCAAGAGGCCAUACUGGGGUGGAGCCCAUGUGCCACAUGCUCAGUGGGUGUCUCAUUCUCCUAUUUUCAUAUCUUCCCCUGCCACGACUUGGUAUAACUGAAAAAGGUAUCAGAGGGUGGUAUCUCAUUAGAGAGGGUGGGUCAGGACAUCCAAGAGUCUUCUGUAGAGCUCCACCUCCCCUCCACCCCACCUCUUUCUAUUUGGGUGUUCUGGUCAGUGCUUGGACUAGACGCCUGGCUGUACUGGGUGUCUGGCCUUGUUCAGGCAGAAGAGUCUGCAACAGAAGGAAACCACAUUGCCUGGGGUCAGCACACCUCAGCUGCUUUGCUGCAGUUCUGCGGUCAGCAGUGUCCGGCCUGCAUAAAGAAAUGAAUAAACUAAUAUAACUUAAAUAACCAUGUCUGUGCCUGCUUCAGGUCCUUCCUCGGCCCAGCAGGGUAUCUUGACUGCCUUUCUCCAGGCAAUCGGGGCUCCUUAGGGCUUGUACUUUAUAAGGGCACAAUCUGAACAGGCUAGUCUGUCCUGGAACGACCCCUUUGGGUAAUGUGGGGCCAGGGGUAUCAUGAACUCUGGUGCAUCCCCUAAAAGUACCUGACCUCCUGUGGUGAACAGAAAGGUACCAGACCUCCUGCAGCAGCAGUCAGGAUUCUAUCAGAGCGCCAGAGUGAUCCUGGUCCACUACUUCAGGUCUUCAGCUCCGAUGGAGGAAGGCAGCAUGGGCCUUUGCCUAUGUUGGUGUUCCCCCUUUCCUGGGGUUGGUGCCACCUUAUGUGAGGAAUUCUGGUUUGGUGUGGACCAGCCUGGCCCCCUGCUUGCUCUCAUGUGUCCCGCUGCUGCUGACAGGUGUUGAGAGCCCUACAGGAGGUCAUCAGCCCCUGCAUCUGCUGCUUCUGGGUCCUAGGUGGUGCUUCCUGCACCAGCUGCCUGCCCUCUUCUUGAGCUGUGGCCCACGUCCACUUGGAGCCAGGAUUCUGGCUCUCACCCCGGCCUGGGUGUGGAGGCAGAGGGAAGUCUGCUGCUUGCUGGCUGCCUGUCUGACAGAAGAGCAGAGCACAUUGUUGGCUCAUAGGCUCACUGCUUCUACACAAGCCCAGCCAGGGAUCCACUGCCUGAGGACCACAUCAUCAGUCAUCAUCCUGGUGAGUAUGGGGUUUGGCUGGGGCCCUGCUACAUUGACACUUACCUGUUUCACUCGCAGGGAGUUCACUCAUGCAGAUUAAUUCUCAGGCUGGACUUGGCAGGUGGGGGUUGGGGCAAGGAGGCUGAGCUGGUGUCAUUGAGGAGAAACACUGCAUGGAGAAUCUUGACGCAGAGUCCCUGGAGUCAUGUGCUCCUACACAGGGACUCUAUUAGGCCAGAGAGCUUCUGGGAAAAAGAAAAUGUGGGCCUGGGCUCUCAGGACCCCAAGGAGGGGAACCUGCAGGUCCAAGUAGGAGAGGGCUGCAAAGAUCCAUGUGGAGAUAUGGAGAAGAGCCUCAAGGAAGCAUGAAGCUGAGGUGCAUUGCAAAAGGUGCAGAGACAAACCUGGAGUAGCCAGGCAGCACUGAGAGGACUGGAGGCAAAGAGGCUGCACGGAGCAGUGCAUUGGUAUGCAUGGUGAGCCACAGUAUUUUUCGUCUGGCUUUGUUUAUUAUUAAGUAUCUUAACUGAAGAGUGGCCAGGACUGGCUACUUCCAAACCUGGAGCAGAGGGGCAGACUUCUGCAUCUGAGUGGUUGCUUCUCUGUCAAAGUUCAUGAAUUUAAUGAACUUUUGAUACUGGAUCCUGUUCCUUUCCAUGUUCAUUCAUAAAUUGACAAGACUGGUUAGUAAUUGAUUUCCCUCAGUUCAUGCUGCUUAUCUCUAUAUCAUGAAUUAGUGGAUAUUUGAGUAUUAAUUGACUGGGUGCUGAACUUUGGGAGAUGAUACCCAGCAGAUUAAGGGACCUUAUCAAGUUGCCCUGAUUUCUCAGGUGAAGGUGUGAGGUAAUGGAUGCUCUAACUAGGCUGACGUAGCUGAACUGAAUUGAUGGAAGAGUGAAUUGUGGGCCUCCAUGGAUAACAAUAUCCAAGUAAUUAAUCAAUUGAUUAAUUUUGUAGUUGUUUUGUUAGAUGAAAGUGUUGAUUAAAGUGGAUUUCAUUAAGGACUGAAGGAGCAUUAGAAACUGGAUUAAAAGAUCCAAAAGCAAGAAAGAAAUUGGUAACUAAAUUACAGAAUGAGAUCAGCCACUGAUGCCUUGAGAGGAAAGGGACACAGUGUAGGGAAGGAGGAGCCCUGCAAAACAACCACUCUGGGUUAAAGGCAUUCCACUGGCCUCCGCAUAAUAUUCACUUUCCCUUUUUCUAUAAUUACAAGUUGUAGCAGGCAAGACUGGAGGAGAGGUUGGAAAUUAGACCUUGGCACUGGAGAAGUGAAUAUGAUCAACAGCACCUUCUCACAGAGAGACACAACUAUAGUGACCAAUUCAAAUAAUUAACCAGUUUCCAAAUGGGGUGGACAAAUUCCGACAGGCCAGGUCCAUCAGUGGGUAUUAAACGUGAUAGUGUUGCAACCUUAACAUUCGAACCUUUGGGAUCUCUGAGUGCUGGAAACUUUAGGGGAGAGGGACAGUGGAUGGAUCAAUUUCCCUUUUGCCCAAGGAGGCCUACAUUUCACUCUUCCUGCUCACAUACUUUUUCCCAUAGCAUCCACUCUGCCACUAUUAGAUACAGGUUCCAGGGCUAGAUGGACCUAUGAUCUGACCCAGUAUGACACUUUUUUGUUAAAAUGUGUCUGUCAUUCUGAAUACGUUGGUGUCAUUCUUUAUUUAAUCUUCCAUCUGAUCUGAAUGCAAUCACAAAUACAUAAAUUGGGAAAAAGAAAAUUGCUUACCUAAACACUGCUCCAAGGAAUCCAGAUUAUUUAAACCACCAGAGAAGAAUUAUGUUAACAUUCUUCAAUACGGUGACUUGAUGUAUGUUUGUCUCCCUUUAGUGGCUGGGUCUAUCAACUAUAACAGCUUCCUACAUAUACCUAAACAGUUACUUUUAGUUUAAAAGAUAAAAGGCUGUGGUUUUAGUGCUACAUUUCUCAGGCUAAUUCCUUGCUGAUACCCUUGCAACCUGUACAUAGACACUGAUUGUUACAAUACCAACUUAAAUGCAGUUGAAAUAGGCCAGAACAUCAACUGAGAUAACUAUCAUCUGAGCAGUGCUGGUUUGUAUCAUGUGAUGGUCUAGCCUUCCAUGCAUGCUCUUCAGCUGGCAUUUUUUCCAUUAUGUGCAUUUAACUUAAUGUUAUAUGUGCACAAAUUAUUGCUUAUAUUUUUCAGAUCUAUCUCAUAUCUGGAUGAGACUCAAGGUAAUUUCCUAUGGGGUGAGGGAAGUAAGAGUGGAGGUUAAAAUAGAGCAUGCUUGAAAUAUUUAUAUAGCUUCUCCUUUCAUUUUCAGUUAUUUCAUUCCCUGGUGACAGUUUGAGCCACUCCCUGUCUCUGAUGGCAGACACCAAGAAGAAACAUGGCUGUAAUUUUAAGAAGACAUGAUUGUUUUUAAAAUCACAUACAAAACCAGCCCCAGGAGUAGCUUGUUCCCUCUAAAUCUGGAUUUGUAGGUACACAUGGAGCAUCCCUAUCUACCAGAAAGGAGGCUUAAUGACUGCAGCAACACUGCCCAGUGCGAACCAGGUGCUGAUGGAAGGACUGAGAACUGGAUGGGCCAGGGAAGGGGUCCCUCUUAUGGACCUUUGAAUGUCAACAUUGUUACUUACGUCACUGCUCAUCCAUGCAAAAAAGAAAGGAAAAAUACAUUGCAGAGAUUUACAGCAGUUUGAGGCAUGCCAUUGUGAAGUGCUAGCUCUGGACAGCAGCAGCCUCUGAUCAUGAAGAAGAAAGCGAAGGCUUGGAGGGGAGGCUCGGCUGCCUGGCUCUGAGCCACAAGUUGUGCGCGGCGCCCCAUGCUAGGAGAUGCGUUUUCCAUAAAUAACUGGCUCGCACAUACUGUGCCAUGGGCGUAAAGCCUCUUGAGACAGGGAUGACUUGGUUUUGAGAUAAUCUCUCUCUGUGCGAGCGACAAAACUGACCUUUAGAUAAAAAUGGAGGACUUUACGACCAGGACCUACGGGACCAGCGGACUGGACAACAGACCUCUCUUUGGAGAAACUUCAGCAAGGGAUAGAAUAAUCAACUUGGUUGUUGGUAUCAUCACAUCCUUGCUGCUUCUAUUGACUCUGAUCAGUGCUUUUGUCUUCCCUCAACUACCUCCAAAACCAGUGAAUAUAUUUUUUGCUUUCUGCAUCUCCUUGUGCUGCAUUUCUGCUGGCAUACUUAUCUAUUGGUAUCGACAAGGAGACUUGGAGCCUAAAUUCAGGAAUCUAAUUUACUACAUUUUGUUUUCUAUCAUCAUGUUAUGUAUAUGUGCCAACCUGUACUUCCAUGAAGUGGGGAAGUGACUGCCACAGGCCAUACCCAAGAAUGCUGAUGUUGUACAGACUGUUCUUAGCUCCACCCUAAGAAUAUGAAGGGGGACAAUCAGCCUGACAAGGAAGUUGGUUGCACAGGGGUAAUCAGUACAUGAUUUUCAUGUAAACGUUUAUCUAAAGUCCCUCCUGGUGGGGAGAAUUAUUGCCGUAAGACAUGAUAUUUUGCUUUUUUUUUUUUUUUUUU